GUUGCAAUGUGCAAUGACAGGCGUGUCUGCGUUACUGCGUAGAGUCAAGCCCGCACGAACGCGACUCGCAACUCUGUGCUACCCUGAUCGGCCGCACCAGCAACGCAUAUAUCUAGCCCGUCCCGCUCCUUCGUCUCACGGACGUCUUCUUGGUGCUCGAGCUUCUCAUCGUCUUUCCCACAGUCGACCUGUUGAGUAGUCUCAAUAGCAGCUACGAUGACGACCACCGUCCACCUCACCGACGCCAACCCGGUCACCGCCGAUACGGCGGCCACCGACAAGGAGGCUAGCUACACCAUUCCGGCCUCCCACCUUGUCCCCGAGGACCCUGAGAAGCCCUCUCUCGAGGAGAAGUUCGAGCUCGAGGACAUCUAUGCGCCCCUCGCUACCCUUCCCGGCAUUCCCGAGGAGCCAAUGCCGUUGACCUUCCGUGCCGUUAUGGUCGGUAUCGUUCUUGGCUCUCUGGUCAACGCCUCCAAUGUCUACCUCGGCUUGAAGACCGGUUUCACCUUCGGUGCUUCCAUGUUUGGUGCCAUCUUCGGAUAUGGUAUCGUCAAGUUCCUCUCGACAGCCUUGCCGCACAACACACCCCUGCUUGGUGGGCCUUUCGGCCCUCAGGAGAACAGCAUCAUCCAGGCCGCCGCCGCUGGUGCCGGUGGUCUCUCUGGUCUCUUCGUCGCUGCUCUUCCCGCCAUGUACCAGCUUAACCUGCUUUCGAAAAACGUUGCCGAUGAUUUCGGCCGGAUCCUGACCAUGACUCUUGUCGGCUCCUUCUUCGGUCUCUUCUUUGGCACGCCUCUCCGCAAGUUCUUCAUCAUUAACGUGGCUCGCGAGCUCAAGCUUGUCUUCCCAUCCGCCACCGCCACCGCCUUCACCAUCCGCUCCAUGCACGCUGUUGGCAGUGGUGCUGAGGACGCCAUCAGGAAGAUCAAGGCUCUUGGCGUCGCUUUCCUCAUCGCCUUUGUGCUGCGUGUCGUCUCCGAUUACGCUCUUGGCAUUUUGUGGGAUUGGCACAUCUUCACCUGGUUCUUCAUCUGGGGCAACUACAACAACGCUGCCAUCCUUGCUGAGAACUGGGGCUGGUUCAUUGAGUGGACCCCUGCGUUCAUUGGCUCCGGCUUCCUGGUCGGCCUGAACGUCGGUAUCUCUUACUUCAUCGGCAGUUUCUUUGCCUGGGGUUUCGCUGGCCCUCUUCUGGUCUACACAGGUGUUUGCGUUGGCAAGCCUCGUGCCCCUGACGAGCCGGGCUGGGAGCGCUUCACUAGCUACAACAGCAUGUCUGGUAUGAGCAAGCCGGGUUACGUUCCCAGCCCUCGAUACUGGUUCCUGUGGCCGGGUGUCAUGGUCCUGCUCUGCUACUCCAUGGCUGAGUUCGUCUUCAACUGGAGAAUUCUCUGGUUUGGAGCCAAGUAUGGUUGGACCAGUAUGGCCGGCAGCCUCCACAAGACCAUGGCCAAGCGCGGCAAGUCGAGCCCGUGGCUCGAGAAGCAGGCUGCUCUCGAGAACGACCGCAGUGCCAUCACCGAGGAUUUCGCCACUCCCGACCAGCAGGUUCCCGGCUGGAUCUGGUCCACUGGUAUUGUUGCCGUCCUGGCUGUUACCAUGAUUAUCUUCGAGGUUCAAUACCACGCCAACGCCGGACUCGCUCUCCUUGCCUCUCUUCUGGGUGUCAUUUUUGCAUUCAUGUCCAUCCACGGCGGUGCAGUCACCGACGUCACUCCCCUCACUGCUUCAGCCAAGGCCUCCCAGCUUGUCUUUGGUGGUGUUACCCACGGCAUGGGCCUGGCGAGAGACCCUGCCCUCACCAUUAACUUGCUGGCCGGUGCCGUUGCCUCGGCUGGUGCGGAUAUGUCUGCCGGUCUCGUCAGUGACUUCCGUGUUGGUUUCCUCCUUCGCACGCCUCCCAAGCUCCAAUGGUAUGCGCAGGCUGCGGGUACCUUCAUCGCCAUGUUCUUGGCUCCUGGCAUUUUCGUCCUGUUUGCAAAGGCCUACCCCUGCAUUCUGGAUGCUGAGGCAGAUGAGUGCCCCUUUGAUGUUCCUUCUGUCACUGCCUGGAGAGCCGUUGCCGAGGCCGUCACUCUCCCCCAGAUCCCCAUCCCGUCGUCGUCUGGUUACUUCUCCAUCGCCCUCGGUAUCUGGUGUGUCAUCCAGGUCUAUAUCAAGCGCACCUUCCUCAUCGGUGAACGUGAGAAGUACCGCAACUGGCUCCCCAACUGGAUGGCCAUUGGUGUCGCCUUCGUGCUGCCUGCCACCCACUACUCAACUGCCAUGUGCAUGGGUGCCAUCAUCUCGCACAUCUGGCUCAAGAAGUGGCCCCAACACUUUGAGAGUAAGUUUGCCCUUUUUCAUAGCUCGACGCGGAUCAAUACUAACAUAAGUUCUCUCAGCCUACUGCUACGCCAUUGCUGCUGGUAUGAUCGCUGGUGAGGGU